UUUCCUUUCCAUAUGUCAAAAUAAGUCAAACACGGACACUUUCGCUUUCGCUAUAAUUUUUCGUAAUAAAGUAUUUAUUCCUUUAAAGUCAUGCUUAAGACCUUUACCAGUUGCGUUAAAUAAGAAACUUCAUAAAGCGAGUAGUUCUAAUCAAUAAAAUGGAAGUGACGGGUGGUGCUGAAGAGGGUUUCGUAAGGGAAUGGGCCCCUUGUUCGCAUAUUUUAAAUUUAAUUCCGCCGAGGAUACAGACUGGUAUAUUUUCCAACGAGCUGUGUUUAACAUGUGUGGACGCGGUGAGCGAGUACAUAGCGCUGGGCACGAACGUGGGGCUGGUGUACUGGUAUGACCGGAAGAAAGGGAACAUACAGAGACUGCGGUGCGAGGCGUCAACGUCCCCAAUAACAUAUGUGAAGAUAGUAAGCACAGUAGACUACAUGGUCGGAGCCGGCAAUGCAGCUGGUCAGGUCACCGUGUUCCAGAUACCUAAGGAACACCCAGAGAAUGUUCCGGAAUCAUUCAAGCCUAAAGUGGAACCUAAGGUUGAAAGGUACACGAUAGGGGAUCUGCACAAGAGUAAAAUCACAGCGAUAGAGUGGUCGAAGAACGGCAUGCGACUGUUCUCCGGCGAUAAAAACGGCGUCAUCAUUAUGACUGAAAUCGACUUUUAUAUGCACCUAUGCAAAUCAAUGGAGAUUGUGAACGAGGAGCAUGAGAUAGUUCAGAUGAGCUACUACCAGAACACGUUGCUGGUGUCCAGCGUGUACCGCAGCAUCGUGUGCCAGCGACGAGACGCGCGCUGGCACGUCAACCAGCUCGGCAAGAAGGAGCGCAAGAGCCUGUGUGCUCUGGGCGCGGUGUUCCAGCACUCGUACGCUCGCGGCGGGCCCGCCAGCGCCUACUGCGCCCGCGCCGGCCUGCGACUGUGGCGGGCCGACGCUCAGGGGAAUGUGCUGCAGACCUUACUGUUCAAGGAGGCGAUAUCAAACCCAUUAACAAUAGCGGAACUUCUAAACCCUCGCUCUCACAAGCCGAGUACCCCGAUAGAACACAACCUAGGCCCCCUGCACGUGUUCCGGGAACAUUUCCUCGUGUCACACAACGACCACGUGCUUUAUAUCCUUGACCCGAGGUCACUUACUGCUGUCGCCGUCGUCGAUGACCUUAGAAGAAUUCUAUCAGUAUCGGUGAACAAGGACGAGAUAUUCGUGCUGGAGGGUCCGCGGUCGCUCGUCCGCCUCGCGCACGCGCCCGAGCCCGCCGCCAUGCUGCCAGAGGAGCCGAUAAACAUGAUGACGAAAUCCCUAACGACAUCUAUCCAGCAAGCCGUGAACACUGUCCGAGACUUGACACACCUCGACCAGACCGUGCCCUACAUAUCCAGUGUGCUCGAACAACCCAUCUCCAUGUUCACGAAGAACGAGCUCAUUGAUACCGGAGCCGUCGCCAGCGCCGAAGAGUGCUUCGAACUCCCCCCCAUUAAACACCUCCCACUCGAUCUCUCAGAGAACGUUCUCGAAUCUAUCGUCAACGAGUUCCGAGACGUCUCAAGCGACGCCGAAGAGAUUAGACGAGUCAAAACAGAAGAAUUGCAAAGAAAGUUGAAGCUGUAUAAUAGUAUAAUGGAGAAAAAGUAUGAUGGGGAACUGAUACAUAGUAGUAGGCGGAGUCGAAGGCGUGAGGGCGGGUCCGGGGGGAGUACCCCGCGGUUGGCCACGCCCGUUCGGAAGGCGCCUGAUACUGUCAGCUAUACCAGUCCCUGUGUUAUGAAUAUUAGUGUUUACGGAAACAUACCUCAACAGAACGACGAACUCCUGGAGAAGCAGAUAGAAGAGAAAGAGAAGAUCCUCGCCAAGAUGUUGAACCUGGAGUCGCUCUCCAUCGACAGCCCGAAGCCCGAGGCGCAGUCCCCGCCGGCCCCCGCGCCCUUAUUCCGACAGAUCGACAUACAACCCGCCGAGGUACCCAAACCUGUUCACAAAGUCACUAAAACCCCUAUUAAAGACCCCAAUCCCAUAGAUCUAGUCCCCAAAGUAGUCCAACUACCCAAUACCUGGAAUUUGGAAAGUAUAGAAUUGAAAUUGGACUCGAAACACAACGGAUUCAAAGACAGAUCAUUGCUCUCUCCCGAUGAAAACUUAGACAGCGAGUGGGAAAUAAUCUGAUACAAAAUGAUGUCCAAAUCUGGGUUAUUUUAUACUUUAUGAAGAUAUCAGAUUUUUGUUGUACAAUCCUGCUUUGUUAUAAGUAACAUUGCAAUAGUUCUAACCAAUAUUAUUUGUUCCUACAGAGAUGGAUUGUACAACUGUAAAAGAAUCUAUGACGUCUUAUGAUUAGUAUUUCUAAUUAAUAUUUGCAAGAUACUCUGCUGUUAUGAUAAAACUUUUCACAAAGAACAACCCUUCAAGUGUCCUGUUAUGUUUUCUAAAAAGUUCUUUGAAAAGCCUUGAACUUUUAUAGUAAGGCAGAUUUAAGGGGUAGUUAUAAAAUACUCGUAUCCAUAAUCCAGUUAGUUUUCACUACUCAUAACAGCGGGAAAAUCGAUAAACAUAAGUAUUUAAGCAAUGUUUUCUAUACUCACAUAAUUAACACAAUUUGUAGCUUUUGUGAUUUUUCACCUAAAUUAAUUAAAUUUAAUUCGCAAUUGGUGCAAAUACAUCAGUGUGUAAUAUUGAUAUUAAAAAAAUAUACACCUUUAAUAUAUCGUGGAUCAAACUUAUGAGUAAGUGAUAGUUUAAAUAUGUAUUAAUGCAAAUUCUAGGAUAUUUGUCGCCAUUCAAAUAUAUCGUAAAAAAAUCUAAAAGCAACUAAACUUAUUGCUAUUCAGUUCCUAAUUCCCAAAUGCUUAUUGAUAUUAACCAACAAAUCCGACAAUAUGUUUGGAGCCACGGCAACUCUUACAUCGAUACUGGUACAACAAUAGUUUACAUUUUGUAUAAAUUAAUAAUGCAUAAUAAUAUAGUUUUCGGUGAUUUGAAUAGCCUAAAUAAAGAGGCAAUAUUUAGAAAAUACCCGCUACAAAUGCUGAAUAAUUUCAGCGUGGUAUUGUUAGGCAGACGAUAAUUUAAACCUUGCCAUAUCAACAGCUAGAAAAAUCGUAAUUUAUUAAAGGCUUAUGUUUAUCUGAUCACCAGAUAUAGUAACAAAUAGCACACAAAAAUAGUAAAUGAUCACCAAAAUGAAACUCGCAUUUUAAUGUAAAACUAUAACCAAAGUUUUAACACUUUGCUAUCCUAUUUAAGUGAAAU